AGCACUACUAAAGAGACUAGAGAGGAGGGAGACCUCGAUCUCAUCGACGCCUCUAUAAAUCAACUUCCUCAGUGCUUCAGAGUCUGAUACCGACUCCAGGGUUUCGACAAAUCAGCCGCUGAUAAGAACGAGGGGAACUGAAGAUUCCCUCCGUUUCUGUCCCCAGCUUUAACCCAGCAACACUUGAACGCCGCGAUUUCGGUCGCUAAGAGAUUUCCCUUUGUGGCUUCGGGAUUUAAUUUAUUGAAAAUGGCGGCAACUGCGGCUUCUGGCCUGCAAAUGGCAACAACAAGGCCCUGUGUUUCUUCAUCUCGUAGGAUGUUCAAGGCAACCUCUGCUAUUGUCUGUGCCGAUUCUAAGGGCGUCUCACGUUCUAAGCUUACAAGCUCUUCUCAUAUAUCUUCUGCACAAUUGUUCAUCCGGAACUUUUCAGCCACUCCUGUUAAACUAAAUAAGCUUGUUACAAGGGCAAUGUCUGAAGCUAGUGAGAGCAAAUCAAUUCCAGGGUUGCCAAUUGAUCUCAGAGGUAAGAAGGCAUUUAUUGCUGGGGUAGCCGAUGACAAUGGAUACGGUUGGGCAAUUGCAAAAUCACUUGCUGCUGCAGGUGCUGAAAUUCUUGUCGGCACAUGGGUACCUGCACUGAACAUUUUUGAGACCAGUCUACGUCGUGGAAAGUUUGAUGAAUCACGCAUGUUGCCAGAUGGGUCUCUUAUGGAGAUUGCCAGAAUAUAUCCACUAGAUGCAGUAUUUGACAGCCCUGAGGAUGUGCCUGAAGAUGUAAGAACAAAUAAACGUUAUGCAGUAUCUUCAAAUUGGACUGUUCAGGAAGUUGCUGAGUCUGUCAAACAGGAUUAUGGGAGCAUUGACAUCCUUGUGCAUUCUCUUGCUAAUGGACCAGAGGUCAGUAAACCUCUAUUGGAAACAUCCAGGAGAGGAUAUCUUGCAGCUCUUUCUGCAUCAAGCUAUUCCUAUGUAUCUUUGCUUAAACAUUUCAUCCCAAUAAUGAAUCCAGGUGGUUCUGCUAUUUCUCUCACAUACAUUGCUUCGGAGAGGAUCAUUCCUGGAUAUGGUGGAGGCAUGAGUUCAGCAAAAGCUGCUCUGGAGAGUGAUACUCGAGUGCUUGCCUUUGAAGCUGGAAGGAAGCACAAAAUUAGAGUCAAUACGAUAUCUGCUGGCCCUCUGCGAAGCCGUGCUGCAAAAGCGAUUGGCUUCAUUGACACAAUGAUUGAAUAUUCAGUGGCCAAUGCACCCUUGCAAAAAGAACUAUCUGCGGAUGAGGUAGGGAACACUGCUGCCUUUUUGGCAUCACCAUUGGCUUCAGCCAUCACAGGGGCAGUUAUUUACGUCGACAAUGGUCUAAAUGCAAUGGGAGUAGGAGUGGACAGCCCUGUUUUUGGGGACCUUGAUAUCCCAAAGCAAAAUUAGAGCUAGAAAUAGCCACAAGUUGAUUAGCAACACCGUUUUAGUCGGAAUUGCCUUUGGACUUUUUAACUCAUCCGACUGACAGUUUUGUGCCAAUUAUGCCAUGAACGUUUCCCUUUGUAGGAAUUCAUUUUAUCUGCUGAUUGAUGAGCUAUUCUUCCACA